AAAGUAUGUAUAGUCACUCUUCAAAGUAAGGGACGCGACUCUUAUAAAAAGAUGGCUGCUUCCUUUGGCAUGAGAGUGUGUGAAAUAAAUAAUAGGUUGCUAUUCAAAUAUUACAGAUGGUGUUGGUCAUGUCUGCAGAAAGUGCGCACGAAGAGUACGAUGUCAAAAGACGUACUAAAUCUUUACGACAGGGGAGUUUUCCAAAGGUUAUACCCAGAUGGAAGUGCACCAGAUCUGGCACAUCAUUUGGCAAAAUCACAGACAGUGUAUUGUGGGUUUGAUCCAACUUCUGACAGUCUCCAUAUUGGAAAUUUGUUGGCAUUAAUUGCACUACUGCAUCUUCAGUGUGCUGGGCAUUCAGCUAUUGCUCUGAUUGGUGGAGCAACUGCACUUAUUGGAGAUCCAAGUGGCAAGACCAAAGAGAGAGAAGCUAUGCCCUUGGAGGAAGUUGAGAAAAAUGCUCAAAAGUUAAAGGAAAACGUGCAUCGUGUUUUUUACAACUACAGCUCACAAAUACACUCACACCUCUGCAAGAACAGCAGCCUGAUACCUGUUAGGGUUCUGAACAACAUGGAAUGGUAUAAAGACUGGAAUAUUGUUGAAUUUCUGUCAAAAGUUGGACGCAACUUUAGAAUGGGUUCAAUGCUGUCAAAGCAAAGCGUUCAAAGUCGACUAAACAGCUCAGAGGGAAUGAGUUUCACAGAAUUUACAUACCAAAUCUUCCAGGCCUUUGAUUGGCUUUACCUACUGCAGAAACAUGACUGCUCUAUACAGAUUGGUGGAAACGACCAGCUUGGAAACAUUACUGCAGGAUUGGAGUUGAUUCAGAGGUAUACCAAGCAGCAUGUGUUUGGACUGACUGUACCACUGAUAACUUCCACAUCGGGUGACAAGUUAGGAAAGACAGCAGGCAAUGCUAUAUGGCUCGACUCCAAUAAGACAUCACCUUUUGAGCUUUAUCAGUACUUCCUCAAUGUCGCAGAUUCUGAUGUUGAAAGAUAUUUGAAACUGUUUACAUUUCUUCCUCUUGAAGAAAUUUCUGCUCUUAUGUCGAAGCAUAUGGAGGCACCAGAAAAAUAUUCUGCUCAGAAGAAAUUAGCAGAGCAAGUGACACUUUUAGUACAUGGAGGGGAUGGCCUCAAGACAGCAAUACGCUGUACAGAGGCGCUCUAUGGUGGUUCAGCUGAGGCUGUUGCCAAUAUGGAAGCAGCAGAUCUUCAACAGUUAUUCAGACAAGCACCAGUUCAUUGCAUGUUCCUAGACCCAGGCAUGACUGUGCUAGAUGUCUGCAUGAAAGCUGGGUGCUUUGGGAGAAUAGUGGAUGCUGAGCGAAUCAUUAAAGCUGGCGGAGUUUAUUUUAAUUACCAGAGGGUAACACAGCCAGACUUUGUUCUUAUUCCUGGAGAACACAUUUUACCAAACAAUGUAACCCUGAUCCGAAUAGGAAAGAAGAACUACUACAUUGUGAACUGGGCACAGUGAAAUUUUGUGUUGCUUGCAGAAACUCUCUACAUUUUAAAAUAAAGACAAACAUUUUUGAAACUAAUGUGAAAAAUGGUUCUUGUGUAUACAUACCUAAGUAGAUAAUUGACAGAAGUGUUCUAGGUUUUGCAACUGUGGCAUGUGGUUUCGGAUAUUACUGCUAACCUUUCCAGUAUGCUAAUCAACUCUUUGUUUCAUUGUGGAGAAGCUGCAAAUGUUGGCACUCACAUGCAUAAAACACGUAGUUCUAUUUGUAAGGCUUAGGGUAGAGGCUAAAGUUUGUGGGAGUUCACCGGUAACCCUAUGAACCUCGGACUUGUAUGAGCUUGUUUCUGAAAUUUUUUUUGAGUGGGCAAGGGGAUUAGGGUUAAAAUUCAUCUUUAUGUCCAUUUAUAUGAAAACCAGGGACAUACUCCUAGUUUACUAGGAAAAAAACCGAGACCCUGCAAGUGCAAAUAUUUGCUUAAAAAAAGUAAACGGUUAAUAAUUUGUUGCC